CGGACCAUACUUGGCCUAGGUUCAGAAUCACAGACAUAUGUUUGUGUGCCCUUCUGAGAGCUGAAGCCAGACGAGCAACAGGAGCUUUCACAAGCAAGUGGUGAACAUGAGGGUCCUCAUGAAUAUCCCCCGAGUGGGCUACCGGGCGUUCAGCACCACCACUAGGCAGCUGAAGAACAAAGUGCCACAGCAUCAGAAGCUUUUCCAGGAGGACAAUGGACUGCCUAUUCACAUCAAGGGUGGAACCACUGAUGUCCUGCUUUACCGUCUUACCAUGAGUAUGACCCUUGCAGGCACUGGGUAUUCCUUAUACUGGCUUCUUUUUGCCAGCAUGCCCAAGAAUAAGAAGGUUUAAAAAGCCACCAUCACAGCCCCCUGUUGUAUUCUAUUCUUCUUCACUCUCUUUUCUUGCCAAUGCCAAAAUGAUUUUGACGUAUACAAUUAUGUGUAAAAUAAAGAUAUGUCUGUCAACCACA